AUGACAAGAAUUACAGCUAAUGAAUUCUCAGGAGCAACGUUCCGGCCACAACAGUUUGUGCAGUCAGAACGGCAGAAUUCUAAGCUCAACAUAGAGCAGCUCAACUUGUUUUUGGAAUCUAGCCCGGAAAAUGCGAAACUGACACACGAUCUGAUCACACAGGUUACCACGGAUCCGGUUCUCAAAACAGGAUCCGAUUAUUAUGAUUUGGACAAAGCCCAGCAUCGAAGGGCAACGGCUUUGAAAAUCGCAAAAAUGGCACUUUACAUGGAAGAGGAUAUCCAAAUGGCAUUCAAAAAGUAUCGCAAUCACGAUGUGGUGAAGGGAUUGCAAACAGACGAAAAAUACCCAAUCCUCACUGCUAAAGAUUUGGGCAUUUUCGACAAACGGCUUUCAAUCAUCUCAAACCAGGAUCCGCAGCUAGGAACUAGGAUUGGGGUGCAUUUAGGGUUAUUCGGGAACUGCAUUCGUGGUAACGGAACCGAUGAGCAGAUCAGAUACUGGCUUCAGGAAAAAGGUGCCCUUUUUUUAAAGGGCAUCUACGGAUGCUUUGCCAUGACUGAGCUUGGACAUGGUUCGAACGUGGCACAGCUACAAACACGCGCGAUUUACGAUCCUAAGACCGAGUCUUUUGUCGUAAAUACUCCAGAUUUACCUGCCACAAAAUGGUGGAUUGGUGGUGCCGCCCAUUCAGCCACGCAUGCCACUGUUUACGCGAGACUUAUAGUUGAAGGGAAGGACUAUGGAGUGAAAACAUUUGUAGUUCCUCUCAGGGACCCUGAAACGUUUCAACUUUUAGCUGGUGUAUUCAUUGGUGACAUCGGAACCAAGAUGGGACGUGACGGCAUUGACAAUGGAUGGAUUCAGUUUCAAAACGUGGUGAUUCCACGCGAAUACAUGUUGAGUAGGUAUACAAAAAUUGUCCACAGCGGCAGUGGCGUGCGUGUGGCUACGGAACCAACAUUGGACCAGAUCUCAGGCUAUAGUGCUCUUUUGAACGGCAGAGUAAACAUGGUGAUGGAUUCUUUCAGAUUUGGUUCCAAGUUUGUCACGAUCGCUGUUCGUUACGCCGUGGGGAGACAGCAGUUUGCAGCCGACAACGAUAAAAGCGGAAAUGCGCCUGAAACUCAGCUCAUCAACUACCCUUUACAUCAAUACCGAGUUCUACCACACCUGGCCAUCGUUUACUUGAUCUCUCCUGUUGCUUUUAAACUCAUGGAUACUUACCACUCCACUCUGGACGAACUUUACAAAGUUUCAUCCGCUGGAGAUAAAGGCCAGUUGAAACUCGUGAGCAUGAAACUAAAGGAUCUCUUUAUUGACAGUGCCAGUUUGAAAGCCACCAAUACGUGGCUCGUUGCUGCUGUUAUUGAUGAGCUUCGUCAGGCAUGCGGCGGACAUGGCUAUUCAGCCUACAAUGGAUUUGGUAAGGGAUACAAUGACUGGGUUGUACAGUGUACCUGGGAAGGUGACAACAACAUUCUGUCAUUGACGUCAGCGAGGAGCAUCUUGAAAAAAUACGCCGAUCUGGCGAAGGGCAAAGUGCAAGAAACCGAAUCGUUCAGAUAUUUAUCCCCGGAGUUGGUCAUGGCUGUCUUGAGAGGUACCAAGGCUGCAAAGUUGGAUACACCAAAGGAUUAUUUCGAAGUUUGGGGUAUUAUGCUGAUCAAAAUGUUACAUUUUUGCGCUAAAUUGGUGAAGGAGACCAAAAGCGCGGAUUCUAUUUCGAAGCAUCUAGUUUUGAUUUCCCGUUUCCAUGCAUUUCACUCUAUGUUGAGAGCUUUCUAUUUGAAAUUGAAGAGUCCUUCGGAUUCGCAUGUUUCGGACGAAAGCUCUCAGGAAGUUUUGUGGAAAUUGUACCGGUUGUUUUCGCUCUACUUCAUUGACAAGCACUCUGGAGAAUUUCAGCAAUUUAAAGUCUUCACGCCUGAUCAGAUUUCAACAUUGGUACAACCCAAACUUAUGGCAUUACUACCAGAAAUUCGCAAGGAAUGUAUUGCUCUUACAGAUGCAUUCAAGCUCCCCGAUGCAAUGCUGAACGCACCCAUCGGUUAUUAUGAUGGCGAUAUCUACAACAAUUACUACAACGAAGUUCUCAAGAACAAUCCACCGGAGGCGGACGGGCCUGGGAAACCAGAAUAUCACCAGUGUCUCACCACAAUGCUCAGACGCGGUUUCCAGGGGACCGAAAAUUUAGCGAAGCUGGGCAAAUAG